CCGCGAGCACGUGCGCGUCCUCGCUGCUCACAUUUCGGCGGUGGGCGCGCUCCCUGGAAAAUUCCACCUCUGCGCUAGCUCCACCCUAUGCGGCUUGUCUUCUACUCGACGCUCUUCAAGCUCAGCUCUCUUCCCGGCGACCUUUGCGGGAACAAGAUGGCUGCCCCCAUAGCUCAAGGGUUGUCGCGUGUAUCCAGGGUUUUGGGUUGGUGGUCUCGGCAGCCAGUUCUGGUGACUCAGUCCGCAGCUAUAGUUCCAGUAAGAACUAAAAAACGUUUCACACCUCCUACUUACCCACCUAAAUUCAAAACAGAAAAGGAGUUUUUGGAACAUGCCCGGAAAGCAGGAGUGGUUAUUCCUCCAGAAGAUUUGGAGCGUCCUAUACAUCUGGCCUGUUCAGCUGGUAUCUUUGAUGCCUAUGUUCCUCCUGAGGGUGAUGCUCGCAUAUCAUUUCUUUCAAGGGAAGGACUGAAACAGAAAGCUGAACGAAUGAAGAAGACUAUGGCAUCACAAAUGGCCUCAGACCAUGACCGACUUCAUACCUUGGUAACCGAACACUGUUUUCCAGACAUGACCUGGGACAUCAAAUAUAAGACCGUCCGCUGGAGCUUUGUGGAAUCUUUAGAGCCCUCCCAUGUUGUUCAAGUUCGCUGUUCAGAUAUGGUGAACCAGAGCAACAUGUACGGCCAGGUCACUGUGCGCAUGCACACCCGCCAGACUCUGGCCAUCUAUGACCGGUUUGGCCGGUUGAUGUAUGGACAGGAAGAUGUACCCAAGGAUGUCCUGGAGUAUGUUGUAUUUGAAAAGCAGUUGGUAAACCCCUAUGGAAGCUGGAGAAUGCAUGGCAAGAUCGUUCCCUCAUGGGCACCCCCUAAGCAGCCCAUCAUUAAGACGGUGAUGAUCCCUGGCCCUCAGCUGAAACCAGAAGAAGAAUAUGAAGAGGCACAAGGAGAGGCCCAGAAGCCUCAGCUAGCCUGAUGGCAAAAUGACUUCCGGAGUAAAGCCUGGGUAAUGAGGUUGCUGGAAUCUUUGAAGUCUUCCAUCCCUAUCGUGCAAUAGAAAGAACUACCUUUGUUCUCUUCCAUCCUGCUCAGGUCUUUUCAGCAGUCUCCUCAACAACCAUGCUGAUGGCUGGGCCCUAGUAGGUGGCAGGUAUAACAGGGCCAUGGACCUGGCCCUGUUAUACCUGUUUAAAUUGUAUGUCUAGCUUCUGAGUCUAGAUGAAAGACAGCAUGUUUCAGAGAACAUUGGAUACCAGUUUUUCCCACAGCAGGGACUUUGAGAGAGAGAACCAGCAGCAUCUUCUUUGUAAUCACAGGGCAGGGAUCAGAGUUUGAAAUAAAACACUGUGAGAGUGUUGGAAAAAUUUUGGUGAGUUCUGUACAUUUUCCCUGGUUUAGGCUGGGAGUAGACCAGCCUUCAAAUGGCAGAAGUGGAAGAUGAGCCUACUUGUGAGUGAUGGGAUUUUAAGGAAAUCCAGACUUGGAAGGAAUAAUUCGUGUUUAUAAGAUAUUUAAGAGGGCCUUUUUCAUACACUGACUCACUGAUGAAUCAGCAUUUAAGUUUUAUGGAAAAAUAUAAAGAAAUAAUUUAUCCCUCA